UUACAUUGAUUCAAAAAUGUUUCCAUGUCCAAAUUUCGCCAAGUGUUUAAAAACAUUCGAAACGAAAGCUAAACAGUCCAAUCAUUACAAAAAUUGUUUAAUUGAUAGGAUAUGUCAUCGUUGUGUUUCUAAACCAGUUUUCAAGAGUGAAUCUGGAUUUCGAUAUCAUGCAAAAAUGCACAAGGAUCCAACAUAUCCAACUGUUGUGCGGUAUGGUGUAGGUGAUACUGUUCAUCAACCUACACCAGAUCCACCACAACCUUCGAUCGACAAUUUUCUGCCUCGAGAUAGCUUACCGGCAGAAUCUGGUGAUGGGGGCAGCUAUGUCACCGAAAUCGCCGAGGAAGUGGAAGAGGCGGAAACCGAGGAAUCCUUAUACAUCCAGCAACAGUUAGCAAAUGUGAUCGCCCAAGUUGAGUAA